AUGUCUUCAGAACUCAAUGCCACUAUUGCGUCCUUCUGCGAUAGGUUAAAGAGACGGCAGAUCACAGGCUCGUACCAUGUUGCAUUGGAGACAUUGCAGCUUCUUAAACGGUUUAUUUCUGCCGCAAGAUGGUCUCACACCAACGAGUUGAUCGCGCAACUUCGAGAUCUCGGCAGUAGGCUCGAGAAAGCGCAUCCGACCGAGUUUACGUGCGGGAACAUUAUCAGAAGAGUUCUAGCAUUCAUCAGAGACGAAUUGGAAGAGGACUUAGAGAUGUCUAAGACGCCGACACCUGCAGAGCCGAUGAUUUCGUCCAUGUUCAAUCUUCUACAACGUCCCGCCGUGCCAGAGAAGAGGAAAUCCGUGGUGCAUUCCAAGACAGAUUUGAGACAGGCCGUGAUUCAGGGCAUCAAAGAUAUCAUAGAUGAAGUCACGAACAUCGACGACGGAAUCCAACAGAUCGCUAUAGACCUUAUCCAUGACCGCGAAAUCCUGUUGACACCGACGCCAGAUUCUAAGACCGUACUCAAAUUUCUCAUCAAGGCCCGUCAACGGAACAACAGAAAUUUUACCGUUCUGGUGACGGAGGGUUUCCCAAAUAACACACAGGCGGCACACGAGUUCGCGAAAAAACUGUCGCAGCACGAUAUAGAGACCACCGUUAUUCCAGACACGGCUGUGUUCGCUUUGAUGAGUCGAGUCGGGAAAGUUAUCUUAGGCGCAAAGGCGGUUUUCACCAACGGCGGGACUGUGUCCUCGACUGCGGGCGUGUCGUCCGUGUGCGAAUGCGCACGUGAAUUCAAGACACCCGUGUUUGCUGUAGCUGGUCUAUACAAGCUGUCGCCAUUGUACCCGUUCAACAUCGAGAAGCUCGUUGAAGUGGGUGGAUCCCAGCGCGUCUUGUCCACGAUGGAUUACGAAGGCGCAGGAAGUCAUAAUCGACUUGACACCGUGAACCCCGUCGCCGAUUACGUACCUCCGGAAAACAUUGACAUUUACAUUUCGAACAUCGGUGGGUUUGCACCAAGUUUUAUCUAUCGAGUCGUUUGGGACAAUUACAAACAGGAGGACGUUAAUUUGGAGAAUUGA